AUGGAGGUGCCAUCAUACUUAUAUCUAUAUCCCAUUCAAGAAGAUGAAGAUGAUUUGCCACCACCCAUUCCACCAUUCAACAAUGUUGAGAACAAAAUCCUUUCUCCUAAGAAUAAAUCCGCCAAGAAAAUUCAACAUUGGAAUGCAAAAGAGCACAGGUUAUUUUUAGAAGGACUCGAAAGGUAUGGCAAGGGAAAUUGGAAAAAAAUUUCAAAGCAUGUUGUUACAAAAUCAUCAACUCAAGUGGCUAGCCAUGCUCAAAAGUAUUUCAUCAGAAAUCAACAGAAUAAUGAUUUAUCAAACAAGAAAAAGGAAAGAAGAAGCCAAUUUGACAACAUUCCUUCAUUCUAUGGAAAAUUUUACCCUGUUGAAUUCUUUAACUUCAUCCAAAGACAACCAUUUAUAGAUGAAUUCCUUCAAAAUCCACAUCAACAAGUCAAAGAAUAG